AAUAAUAAAUUAAAUUAUAAAACACUCGGACUUUUUAAAAUUAUUAAAAAAGUCUUAUUAAUUAAUUACGAAUUAAGAUUAUUAAAUAUAAUACAAUACUAUCCCGUUUUUUAUAUUUUAUUACUUAAACUUAUAUUAAGAGGUUUAUAUAUAGAAAACUAUAUUAUUAUUAAACUAAAUUAA